AAAAAGCUCAAACCGCUUCCACCAACAUCAUCUUGAAGCAGCACGAUGCGAAGCUGCCAGAUUGUCAUGGGCCCUGCGGGGACGGGGAAGUCCACGUAUUGCAAGAACAUGCACGAGUUUUGUGCUGCGAGUGGACGACUGACGUACGUGGUGAACUUGGACCCUGCCGCAGAGUCCUUUGACUACCCCGUAGCUUUCGACAUUCGCGACUUGAUCUCCCUCGAAGACGUGAUGGAAGAGCUCGGUUACGGCCCAAACGGCGGUCUUGUCUACUGCAUGGAGUAUUUGAUUCAAAACCUCGAUUGGCUGCAGGACCUGCUCCUUGAGUACAGCGAUGACGACUACUUUAUCUUCGACUGCCCCGGUCAAAUUGAGCUAUAUUCGCACUUGCCAGUCAUGAAGCACCUCUGCACUGCUCUUCAAGAGUGGAGCUUCUCAAUUUGCGGGGUCUAUCUGAUCGACUCACUGUUUAUUUCGGACCCGUCCAAGUUCAUUUCUGGCAUUCUGUGCUCACUGUCGGCCAUGGUGCAAUUGGAACUUCCGCACGUCAACGUCUUGACAAAAUGCGAUUUGGUGGAUGAACAAGAACUGGAAAAGUACCUCGAUCCGUCGUCUGGGUACUUGCUGGAGACGCUGACGAACGCAACGACAAACAAGUGGCAGCCACUCAGUCGCGCUGUCUGCAACGUCGUACGAAGCUCUGUGAGCCGUCCAUGGGCAUUCGUUCAUACCGAUGGCUAGAUUAACGAUUACAGCAUGGUCGCGUUUGUCCCGAUGAACAUCACUGACGAAGAAAGCAUCGAGAUGGUACUGCACCAUAUUGACCACGCCAUCAACUACGGCGAAGACGUCGAACCAAAGGAACCAAAAGAUGACAUGGCGGACGAAUAAACGGACCGACACAGUCCCAUCAUGCCACAGCAACACCUGCUAAAGACACAACUAAGUUUCCCUCAACACGUAUACAGUAUUGCAAUUCCCACCUCGAAAACGUCCAAGCGUUAUGGACACAGUCACUCUCAAAUGAUAUUGCUGUACAACGACUCCACGUCCUCUGCACCUACUCUACCGACGUGUGUCACUCAAGGCACAGCACAGUCUCUGCAGCAUCCCCAGAGUGCCGGGACGUAGCUGCCGUCCCAUCAAGAAAAAUCGUGCAUAAAAGCAAUCGUGGUAGUGGAAAGCCGCCCUCGGGCCUUGGGCACUGA